AUGUCUGAGGCUGGGGCUAGUGCUACACGUCGUGAAGUUGAUCCAGGAAGAAAAUAUGGGAUCAUGUUGAAUAACAAUUCCAACUCUUGGAAGUGUAUCUUCUGUAAGAAAGACUUCAACGCUGGAAUUUCACAUCUCAAGCAACACUUGAGAGGGGAUCAUAGGAAUGCCAGAGCUUGUACUUUAUGUCCACCACAUGUGAGAGAGUCGUUAAUCAAAUACAAACAGAUGAAGGAGGACGAGAAAGCUGCUCGUAACUUGGCUCUCCAAGAAGAAGAAGAAGGUCUUGACGAGUAUGAUGAAGAGUGCGGGAAAGAAAGUCAGCUGCGACGGUUUAUCCAUGCUAAGAAGAGGAGAGUUAGAGGUCCACUGGACAGGUAUGUGACUGUUCCUCCUCCUGAUGUUUUGCAAGGAAGGAAAGAUAGAAAGAGUACUCUUGGAGCUGCUUGUGAUAAAGAGGCAAGGGAAGAUGUAUGUGGAGAUAUAACUAGGUGGUUUUUGGAUGCUGGUCUUGCGUUCAAUGCAGUCAACUAUCCUAGUUUUGACAAGAUGAUUCGAUCAAUUGGGCUAUAUGGACCAGGAUUGAAACCACCAAGUAUGUAUGAAUUAAGGGCUCCACUGCUUAAUAAAGAAGUGCAUAACACUCUUGUCCAAAUUGAGGAUAACAAGAAGGAGUGGGCUAGUAAAGGAUGUUCACUUAUGUCUGAUGGUUGGAGAGAUUCAGUGGCUAAGAAAGACAUUGUCAACUUCCUAGUUAAUUCCCCUAAAGGUUCUGUUUUCAUGAAGUCAAAAGAUGUUUCCGAAGUGGUACGUAUGAUCUGA